AUGCCACCGGGUGGCCUACGGCCCAGCCGCGUGCCUCAGUUCGUGCUGUUCACGCAUGACGACGCCGUUGAUGGGGAGGCGCACCGGCUGGUGAAGAGCGUGACGGCGGGGCGGGCGGCCAAUGGCUGCCCCUUGACCGCCACCAUGUUCAUCUCGUCUCGAUUCCACGACGAGCGCACAGAUUGCGGCCUGGUACGCGACUUGUUUCGCAGUGGGUACGAGAUAGCCGACCAUUCACUCAACCACCCAAACCCGUUUGACAUCAGCCAGGCGGAGCUGCGAGCAGAGAUGGCCAACCAGCGCGCCUGGCUGGCCCGGGGCUGCGGCAUCCCGGCCGGCGCCAUUGUCGGCUGGCGCACUCCCUACCUCAAGGUCACCACAGACACACGCCAGCUGCUUCACAGCCUGGGCUUCUUGUAUGACACUUCGCUGGUGGAGCCUGGAACGGGGUCAGUGUCAGGAGGCAUGGGGGCUCGGCUGUGGCCCUUCAACAUGGCCUAUGGCAAUCCCAUCAACUGCAAUGUCGGCAUAUUCUCAAAGUUCCAAAAGUGCAGCAGAACGGAGCGCUACCCAGGCAUGUGGCAGGUGCCAUUGUGGGAGCUGACUGCGGCAGGCAACUACUGGAUGGAUUACGGCAGGGACGGUGCCAACGGGGACGUGUUCAACAUUCUGAAAGCCAAUUUCGAUGCUGGCUACGGCGGCAACCGCGCCCCCUUCCCCAUCUUCGUCCACUCGCCCUUCCUGAAGAGCAACCUGGACUCGGUGACGCGGUUUGUGGACUAUGCACGCUCCUUGCCACACGUCUACUUUGUGACCAUGCGCCAGCUCAUCGGUUGGAUGAAGAACCCCAUCCCCAUCGACCAGCUCACCCCCACCAGCCUAGGCUGUAGCACAGGGUUGACCAGGCAGUCUUCCACCAUGUGA